UUGCAAUAAUGCAAUCCCAUCAGCUUACUAGUCUCCAUUACAUUAAAAAAGUGGCCCUAACCCUUUUCUGGGUUGCUAUAUGUUCACUGAAACAUGAUGUUGAAAGCGUUGAUCCAAUUAGUACCAUCACUGUGGAUAAGUCAGGCCAUGGAAAUUUCACCACAGUGCAGGAAGCCAUAGAUUCCGUACCACAUAACAACAGCAAUUGGAUUCGCAUCCACAUUAAAGCCGGCACUUACACUGAAAAAGUUUCAGUCCCUUCAGACAAACAAUUCAUUUUGAUUGAAGGAGAGAAUCGUGCAAAGACAAUUAUUGAAUCGGGAGAUGCCGGCGAUGUUAUAGAAAGCACCACAUUUACCAUCGCAGCAGAUAAUUUUGCGGCUUGGAAUAUAACUUUCGUGAAUACAUAUAACCGACCUAUAUCACGAUUUGAGGGGUUACCUGUAAAGUGGGCACCCGCAGUUCUAAUUUAUGGAGACAAAGUGAGUUUCCAUGGAUGUGCGUUUAUAAGCCUGCAAGACACGUUGUUUGAUAACCAAAACCGUCACUACUUCGAUACUUGCUACAUCGAAGGAGCAAUAGACUUCAUUUGGGGCGGUGGCAAGUCCUAUUACAAGAGAUGCGCUAUAAAUGUAACAAUGGGUCGUCUCCCAAUGGGGUAUACGGGAUCUAUUACAGCUCAAGGCAGAGAUAGCCCCAGGGAAAACAGCGGGUUUGUAUUCCAUACCAGCAGUGUGGUUGGAGCAGGUCCUGCAUUUCUGGGAAGAGCAUAUAGAAACCACUCUACGGUGGUGUUUUACAAGACCUACAUGGCCAAUGUCAUUGCCCCAAGUGGUUGGGACGCAUGGCUUCAACAUGGGCAUGAGGAGCGGAUAACGUUUUCGGAGGAAGGAUGCUUUGGAGCAGGGUCGGACAUGUCGAAACGUGUGAAAUGGGAGAAGAAGCUAACAGGGCAGGAAUUGUAUAAAUUUAUCGAUGUCAAAUCUUUUAUAAAUCAAGAUGGAUGGUUAGAAAAGCAACCUGCUCCUAAUAUAUCUUAACAACUUUCUAGCUGCUGCUUAAUCCGUGAAAUCAAUAAUGGGGAUAAAUAUCAUUAUCAUCAUCAUCAUCAUCAUCAUCAUCUAAUCCAUAUA